AAAAACUGUGCGUUUCGCCUUUAGGCUAUGACUCGUCUCCUUCACUUCAGUUUUCACAGAAUGAAAAUUCUCAAGCUUUUCCGGCGAUGCUCCGUCAUUACUAACCGGACGGGCCCAAUUGCCUCAGUUCGGGUCGGGUUAUUGGGUAAUGCGGGGCCCAAAAGAGGGUUUUGCUCGAGCACAGAGGAUUCGGAGCUGAAGGACUUGAUGGAGUACAUGGACUCACUCAAGAACUACGAGAAAUCGGGGGUUCCGGUCGGGGCGGGUACGGAUUCUGACGACGGGUUCGAUCUGGGUCGGAUGCGGACGUUGAUGGAGCUUCUGGGUCGUCCUCAUUUCAAGUUCAAGGCGGUUCACAUUGCCGGAACGAAAGGAAAAGGAUCAACAGCUGCAUUUCUGUGCAGCAUUUUGAGGGCAGAAGGGUAUUCAGUUGGUUGUUAUACUAGCCCACAUAUUCGAACUAUCAGGGAGCGAAUAACUUUGGGAAGGUCUGGUGAGCCGGUGUCGGCAAAGGCUUUGAAUUCUCUGUUUCAGGAGAAUAAGGAGACUCUGGAUCGUGCAAUGAAAGUUGAAAAUGGAUAUAUUAGUCACUUUGAGGUUCUUACUGCUCUGGCAUUCACACUAUUUGCUAAGGAGAAGGUUGAUAUUGCAGUGAUUGAGGCCGGCUUGGGGGGUGCACGGGAUGCAACUAAUGUCAUUCCUAGCUCUGGACUUGCCACAUCGGUCAUUACUACAAUAGGAGAGGAACAUUUGGCUGCACUUGGGGGUUCUUUGGAAAGCAUUGCAAUGGCGAAGUCUGGAAUCAUGAAACAUGGCCGCCCAGUGGUUUUGGGUGGUCCAUUUCUUCCACAUAUUGAGUGCAUUCUUCGUGAUAAAGCUCUGUUGAUGAGUUCUCCUGUUGUAUUAGCGUCUGAUACUAGAAAUAGAAGCAAGAUAAAUGGUUUUAGCAUGCACGAUGGUAGACCCUUCCAAUCUUGUGAUAUAGUGCUACAACUUGAGAGUGACUCAAAGCUGUCAAUUGAAUUAUUGGAUUUGAAACUAUACAUGCUUGGAAGUCACCAACUGCAGAAUGCUGCAACUGCUACUUGUGCAGCACUAUGUCUCCGAAACUUAGGAUGGAGAAUUUCAGAUGCAUCCAUUAGAACUGGUUUACAGCAGACACAUCUUCUUGGAAGAAGUCAAUUUCUAACAUCGAAGGAAGCUCAGGCAUUGAGAUUGUAUGGAGCAACAAUAUUGCUUGAUGGAGCCCACACCAAAGAAUCUGCUAAAGCGCUGAUGGACACUAUAAAGAUGACUUUCCCAGAGUCGCGAUUGACUCUUGUGGUUGCAAUGGCAAACGACAAAGAUCAUCUAGGUUUCGCAAGAGAGUUUCUUUCAGGUGGGCAUCUAGAGGGUGUCCUCUGUACAGAAGCUAACAUUGCUGGGGGGAAAUCUCGGACAACUGCAGCGUCAGUGCUAAGAAAUUGCUGGAUCCAAGCUUCCAAAGAAUUGGGCCUAGAUAUUGUUCAUGAUCAAAUGACAGAAUGUCAAAACUUUUCAAUGGACCAAUUAGUUGGCUUAAGCACGUCGGAAAAGAGACCAUUAUUGGCUGCUGUGCCUUCAUUUCCGGAUUCCAUCAAGAUUGCAAAUCUGAUUUCCAGAGGAAGAACUAGGGAUCAAUCUCAUAUUACUGUAAUCACUGGCUCUCUACAUAUAGUUUCAUUGACAUUAGCCACCCUCAAUAGUUAAUGCCUUUUCUUUUGUCACUAUGAACUAGCACAGUAAGAUUUGAAUUCUAUUAUUGCUUUCAAUCCUUCUUUUACA